UCCUUUGCUUCAAGUAAUCGUUUACCUAAGGACGUUUACUCGGUUUGUCAUCCUCAAAAACAGAAUCAUUUUCAUUUGCCAUUUACACAUUCCAAAAAUCACACACAUCAUCUUCGUAAUUACGCUCUCCUUUCAAUUAUUGUUUUUUGUUUUUUGCACAGCAUAUCUAGGGUUUCUCGUUGAAUCGAAAGGCAAAUGGAUUGGGGCACGGUGACCACAGAGGAUCUGAUCGAGGCUCUACGGGAAGUCGACUGGUCAUCUCCGCCGCGUCCCCUCUCUGAAUUCUUCUCCCGAUUCACUUUCCCCAGAUCCUCCUCCAAAUGGAAUAGUCGCCUCAAGUGCAAUCUUUACUACUAUCGGACAAAUUACUUCAUUAUGAUUGUGACUAUUCUUGCACUGGGGUUUCUUAGGAGGCCACUUGCUAUUGUUGCUGCUCUUUUGACAACUCUUAGUAUUGCUUUUCUAAAUGACAGUUUCGCAGGUACUUUUAGUGAAAAGGUGACAAGAACUGUCAGACAGUUUUCUCCUCAUUUAGCUGCAAAAAUGAGGCCUCCACUCACGCCAGUUAUUCGAGGACGUCCAUCUGCUAAACGAGCAAUUUACAUUUGUGGAAGGCCUCGUUGGGUGUUUGUCUUGGCAUUCUCUCUAGCAAGUUUCACCCUUUGGUUUGUUUCCUGUGGCCUCUUGACUGUCUUAUGGGCAUUGGCUAUAGGACUUCUUUCCACUCUUCUUCAUGCAAGCUUUAGGACACCUAAUUUGAAGGCUCGCCUUAAUACAUUUCGUGAGGAAUUUCGAGCUGUUUGGCGCAACUAUAGUGAGCUGUAGCUUCAGCAGAGUUCCAUUUCGUCAGUUCUGCAAAUUUGCUGUCAUGUGCGGAUCUUUAAUAUGGUGUGCUGAUGCAAUAUAUAGUUUUCUUUGACCCGGCAGCUGAGCUCUCAAGUAUCAUUCUGCAAUAUCUUCGGAUCAGCCACGGGUUGUAAAUUUCCUUGAUUCUUACUUUUACGGUACUGAUUUCUACGAUUCAUGUACGUUUGAAAUGACUACUGGAUUUAGGUGCAUAGUAGGAAUUCCCUAGAAAGUUGGGGUCUGUAUUAGGAGUCCAUUAUUAAUGCCUUUGCGAAACUCCUUGUUACUCUUAAUGUUCAAAGCUGCAGUAAAGCUUCUAGUGAGUUCUGUCUUAAA